ACAAGACUAAACUCGCAAUGGCUUCUAGUUCAUCUUCGGAUCCUGAUAGACGCGCAAAGGCUUUACAAGAUUAUCGCAAGAAGCUGUUAGAGCAUCGUGAAUUCGAAGCAAAGCUUAAAGAGAUUCGCCUCGAGCUUCGUGAUCUUGAAAAGGUAUACGAUAAGACUGAAGAAGACAUUAAAGCACUUCAAAGCGUUGGUCAGAUUAUAGGUGAAGUUCUGAAACAAUUAGAUGAAGAGCGAUUCAUCGUAAAAGCCUCAUCCGGUCCACGAUAUGUGGUUGGAUGUCGCAACAAAGUAAAUAAAGAGAAGCUUAAACAAGGAACACGCGUUGCUUUAGAUAUGACAACUUUAACUAUCAUGCGCAUGUUGCCCAGAGAGGUUGAUCCAUUGGUAUAUAAUAUGAGCUUAGAAGAUCCUGGAAAAAUAAAUUUUGCUGGUAUUGGAGGGUUAAGUGAGCAAAUCAGAGAACUUCGUGAAGUAUGGAGUCCCGUUAUAGAAUUGCCACUCAUGAACCCGGAACUCUUCCUUCGCGUGGGUAUCAAACCGCCAAAAGGCGUCCUUUUAUAUGGCCCACCAGGUACUGGCAAAACUCUUUUAGCCCGUGCGGUCGCUAGUACUCUUGAAACGAAUUUCUUGAAAGUUGUUUCAAGCGCUAUCGUUGACAAAUACAUCGGAGAGAGCGCAAGGCUGAUCAGAGAAAUGUUUGGAUAUGCUAAGGAUCAUGAACCAUGCAUCAUAUUCAUGGACGAGAUUGAUGCAAUUGGUGGGAGACGGUUUUCUGAAGGUACAAGUGCCGAUCGUGAGAUUCAGAGAACUCUCAUGGAGCUUCUUAAUCAAAUGGACGGUUUCGACUACUUAGGACAAACAAAAUUAAUAAUGGCCACCAAUAGGCCUGAUACUUUAGAUCCAGCAUUAUUGAGACCUGGAAGAUUAGAUCGUAAAAUAGAAAUUCCGUUACCUAAUGAACAAGGGCGUCUUGAAAUUUUAAAAAUUCAUUCGGGACCCAUUACUAAACAUGGUGAAAUUGAUUAUGAAGCUAUUGUGAAAUUAUCUGAUGGAUUUAAUGGUGCUGAUUUGCGUAAUGUGUGUACAGAAGCAGGUAUGUUUGCCAUUCGUGAAGAACGAGACUACGUUGUGCAGGAAGAUUUCAUGAAAGCUGUUAGAAAAAAUGCACUUAUUUACAUUAAAACUCGCUAA